GCUCAGGAGCUAACAGGUCUGUCCCCAUAGCUGGCUGCACCUUCGAAGAGGACAGUGACCCUAACCAGUGUGAGUACAGCCAGGGUGAGGACGAUGACUUCGACUGGGAGCUCAUCCGCAGUUACCUGAUGCCUCACCUGACACCUGACCUGCCUCAUGGCUCCUACCUGAUGGUGAACUCCUCUCAGCACACCCCAGGCCAGAAAGCUCACCUGCUCCUCCAAGCACUGAGUGAGAAUGACACCCACUGCCUCCAGUUCAGCUACUUCAUGUUCAGCCGGGAUGGCCACAGCCCCGGCACCCUCAGCGCCUACGUCCGGGUCAGCGGGGGCCUGGUGGGCAGCGCCGUCUGGAAUGCGUCUGGCUCGCACGGCCGCCAGUGGCACCAGGCGGAGCUGGCAGUCAGCCUGUUCUGGCCCAGCGAGUAUCAGGUGCUCUUCGAGGCGGUGGUUUCCAGUGAGCGCAGGGGGUACCUGGGCCUGGAUGACAUUUUGCUCCUGAAUUAUCCGUGCUCGAAAGCACCCCAUUUCUCCCGCCUGGGUGACGUGGAGGUGAAUGCGGGACAAAACGCCACCUUCCAGUGUGUGGCCGCUGGCAAGGCGGCCGAGGCUGAGCGCUUCCUCAUGCAGAGGCAGAGUGGCGAGGUGGUCCCUGCUGCCUCGGUGAAGCAUAUCAGCCACCGGCGCUUCCUGGCCACAUUCCAGCUGGAUGCGGUGUCCAAGGCAGAGCAGGACCUGUACCGCUGUGUCACCCAGUCCGCCCGCAGCGCCGGCGUCUCCAACUUCGCCGAGCUCAUUGUCAAAGAGCCCCCUACCCCCAUCGCCCCCCCCCAGCUGCUCCGGGCCGGCUCCACCUACCUCAUCAUCCAGCUCAACACCAACUCCAUCAUCGGCGACGGCCCCAUUGUGCGCAAGGAGAUCGAGUACCGCAUGACCUCAGGGCCCUGGUCGGAGGUCCACGCUGUCAACAUGCAGACCUACAAGCUCUGGCACCUGGACCCCGACACAGAGUAUGAGAUCAGUGUCCUGCUCACCCGGCCCGGUGAGGGGGGCACUGGCAAGCCAGGGCCACCCCUCAUCAGCCGCACCAAGUGUGCAGAACCUAUGCGAGCCCCUAAAGGCCUGGCUUUCUCUGAAAUCCAGUCCAGACAGUUGACGUUGCAGUGGGAGCCGCUGGGCUACAACCUGACCCGCUGCCACACCUACACAGUGUCCCUGUGCUACCGCUACUUCGUGGGCAGCGGCCACAACCAGACCUUCCAGGAGUGUGUGAAGAUGGAGCGGAACGCCAACCGCUACACCAUCAAAAACCUGUUGCCCUACAAGAACAUCCACGUCAAGCUCAUCCUCUCCAACCCUGAGGGGCGCAAGGAGGGCAAGGAGGUGAUAUUCCAGACAGAUGAGGAUGUGCCUGGCGGCAUCGCUUCUGAGUCCCUCACCUUCACCCCACUGGAAGACAUGAUAUUCCUGAAAUGGGAGGAACCAGUGGAACCCAACGGGCUCAUCACACAGUACGAGAUCAGCUACCAGAGCAUUGAGUCCUCAGACCCUGCGGUGAACGUGCCAGGCCCACGGCGCACCGUGUCCAAGCUGCGCAAUGAGACCUACCACGUGUUCUCCAACCUCCACCCCGGCACCACCUACCUGUUCUCGGUGCGGGCCCGCACCGGCAAGGGCUUUGGCCAGACAGCGCUCACUGAGAUCACCACCAACAUCUCUGCUCCCACCUUUGACUACGGGGACAUGCCAUCGCCGCUGAGUGAGUCAGAGAGCACCAUCACAGUGCUGCUGCGGCCGGCGCAGGGCAGAGGGGCUCCCAUCAGCACCUAUCAGGUGAUCGUGGAGGAGGACCGGCCCAAGAAGCUGAAGCGGGAGCUGGGGGGGCAGGAGUGCUUCCCGGUGCCACUCACCUUCGAUGACGCCGUGUCCCGCGGCUCUGUGCACUACUUCGGGGCAGAGCUGCCUGCCAGCAGCCUCACAGAGGCCAAGCCCUUCACUGUGGGGGACAACCAAACCUACAGUGGCUACUGGAACCCUCCCCUGGAGCCCAAGAAGGCCUAUCUCAUCUACUUCCAGGCCAUGAGCAAUCUCAAAGGGGAAACUCGGCUGAACUGUGUCCGGAUCGCUCGCAAAGCUGCCUGCAAAGAGAGCAAGCGUCCCCUGGAGGUGUCCCAGCACUCAGAGGAGAUGGGCCUGAUCCUGGGGAUCUGUGCUGGGGGACUGAUCGUCUUGAUUAUCCUGCUGGGAGCCAUCAUUGUUGCCAUUCGGAAAGGAAGGAACUACUAUUCUUACUCCUAUUACCCGAAACCCGUGAAUAUGACCAAAGCCACCAUAAACUACCGGCACGAGAAGACACACAUGAUGAGUGCCAUUGACAGGAGCUUCACGGACCAGAGCACCCUGCAGGAGGACGAGCGCCUGGGGCUGUCCUUCAUGGACACCCAUGGCUACGGAAACAGAGGUGACCAGCGCAGCAGUGUGGUCAACGAGUCCAGCAGCCUCCUGGGGGGCUCCCCGCGGCGGCAGUGCGGCCGCAAGGGCUCCCCGUACCACACCGGGCAGCUGCACCCGGCCGUGCGUGUGGCCGACCUCCUGCAGCACAUCAAUCAGAUGAAGACAGCGGAGGGCUACGGCUUCAAGCAGGAGUAUGAGAGUUUCUUUGAAGGAUGGGAUGCUUCAAAGAAGAAAGACAAGGCCAAAGGGAGACAGGAUCAUGUGUCCACAUAUGACCGUCACCGUGUGAAGCUGCACCCGCUGCUAGGUGACCCCAACUCUGACUACAUCAACGCCAACUACAUCGAUAUUCGGAUUAACCGAGAAGGCUACCACAGGUCCAACCACUUCAUAGCCACACAAGGGCCGAAGCAGGAGAUGGUGUACGACUUCUGGCGCAUGGUGUGGCAGGAGCACUGUUCCAGCAUUGUGAUGAUCACCAAGCUGGUGGAGGUGGGCCGGGUGAAAUGCUCCAAGUACUGGCCAGAUGACUCUGAGAUGUAUGGCGACAUCAAGAUCACGCUGGUGGAGUCAGAGACAUUGGCUGAGUACGCUGUGCGCACCUUCGCCCUCGAGAGGCGGGGUUACUCAGCCCGGCACGAGGUGAAGCAGUUCCACUUCAUGUCAUGGCCUGAACACGGUGUCCCCUACCAUGCCACAGGGCUGCUGGCCUUCAUCCGCAGGGUGAAGGCGUCCACGCCGCCCGACGCCGGCCCCAUCGUCAUUCACUGCAGCGCUGGCACGGGGAGGACUGGCUGUUACAUUGUCCUGGAUGUGAUGUUGGACAUGGCUGAGUGCGAGGGCGUUGUGGACAUCUACAACUGCGUGAAGACCCUCUGCUCACGGAGGAUCAACAUGAUACAGACGGAGGAGCAGUACAUCUUCAUCCAUGAUGCCAUCCUAGAGGCCUGUCUGUGUGGGGAGACCAGCAUUCCUGCCAGCGAGUUCAAGCCCACCUACAAGGAGAUGGUGAGGAUAGAGCCACAGAGCAACUCCUCGCAGCUGCGUGAGGAGUUCCAGACCCUGAACUCGGUGACCCCACACCUGGAUGUGGAGGAGUGCAGCAUCGCGCUCCUGCCCCGCAACCGGGAGCGCAACCGCAGCAUGGACGUCCUGCCGCCCGACCGAUGCCUUCCCUUCCUCAUCUCUGUGGAUGGAGACAGCAACAACUACAUCAAUGCAGCCUUAACUGAUAGCUACACCAAGAGCGCUGCCUUCAUUGUCACCCUGCACCCGCUGCAGAACACCACCACCGACUUCUGGCGGCUGGUGUAUGACUAUGGUUGCACCUCCAUCGUCAUGCUCAACCAGCUCAACCAGUCCAACUCUGCCUGGCCCUGCCUGCAGUACUGGCCUGAGCCAGGGCUCCAGCAGUACGGCCCCAUGGAGGUGGAAUACAUUUCAGGAGUGGCGGAUGAGGACAUCGUAUCCCGGCUCUUCCGAGUCCAGAACAUCACACGGUUGCAGGAGGGGCACCUGAUGGUCCGGCAUUUCCAGUACCUGCGCUGGUCAGCCUAUCGAGACACCCCAGACUCCAAGAAGUCCUUCCUACACCUCCUGGCCCAGGUGGAGAGGUGGCAGAAGGAAAGUGGUGAUGGCAGGACUGUGGUGCACUGCUUGAAUGGAGGUGGCCGGAGUGGCACCUUCUGUGCCUCCACCAUGAUCCUGGAGAUGAUCAAGCGUCACAACAUGGCAGAUGUUUUCUUUGCUGCCAAGACCCUCCGCAACUACAAACCAAAUAUGGUGGAGACCUUGGAGCAGUAUCAUUUCUGCUACGACAUAGCACUGGAAUACCUGGAGUCCCUGGAGACCAGAUAG